CACCCUCCAACGACAGCUCCACAGCUCGGCGACUUUGGCAGUCAAUCGACACCUGUCUACUGCCUAAUUACUAGUACAAGUCGCCCUAAUCCAUAAUAUUCAACGUGGCAUCGAUGUUGCGCCAGUAUCGAAGCCAGUAUGAGCAAUGAUGCCCCAGCCGUGAAUUCGCAAGCACUAGGACCGAAUACAGAUUCUCCAACACCAUCUCUACGUGGCCUCGGUUUGUAUUCGAUCAAAAAGAACAGAUGGGAAAGCCUUGAAGCUGCACAACUCGACGACGAUACCAUGAGCUCGAGAACAUCACCCAUAUCUGUGGCGGUCGACCCCGUGGCCUUGAUCACCACAGAAUGUAUUACAGUCACAUCUGCCAUGCGAAAGCAUGCAAGAUGGGCGCAUUCUUCGGUGUCUGCGAUCCUGGGCGGAAGCUCCAGCCCCAUGAAUCCCAGCAUGCAAGGCUCCAGGCCUUCAACACCUCGAGAUGAACCUGGACAUCGAAAGGGACACAAGGGCAGGUCUUCGUCUGGACUUGGAGGAGAUGUCUUCGAUGAUGGAGGACUGGCAAACAGAUGGGGUCUACGUGGAAAGAAGGGCAAGAGCAUGCAAGAUAAUCCAUUAAUGGCUGGGUUCGGGAGGCUGAGGCGUGAACUGACUGGCUGCAAAGAUAUUCACAAGUUCGAUACGCCAUCCUUAUUACAUCCUUUCCUCCAAGUGAUUCAAGCUUCUGCGACCUCUGCCCCAAUUACUUCUCUAGCCCUCGUAGCUAUCACAAAAUUCUUCUCGUACAACCUCAUAAGCCCAGACUCGCCACGGCUUGCAUUAGCUAUGCAGUCUCUUUCUGCUGCUAUAACACAUUGUCGAUUCGAAGCCAGCGAUACAUCUGCUGACGAAAUCGUCCUCUUGCGGAUAUUGAAGCUUAUGGAGGGGAUGCUGUCAGGGCCUGGUGGAGAUCUACUUGGCGACGAAAGUGUCUGCGAAAUGAUGGAGACGGGACUAAGCAUGUGUUGUCAGUCGAGAUUAUCAGAGCUUCUUCGGAGAUCCGCCGAGAUGUCCAUGGUCAAGAUGACCCAAGUAAUUUUUGAAAGGCUGAAACACUUGGAAAUCGAGGCUGGAGACGAUCUUCAGGCUUUGGACGAGAAGACCAGGGAGGAUAUGGAUACAGUGAAGAUGGAUCCUUCGGCCAAUGGCAAUGAUGCUAUCAAGUCCUCACUUGCAGCCCCCCCUACCGAGUCAACACCAUCUUCAAGUUUUGACAAAGCGAGAAAUGGAGCUCUGACUGCAUCUUCUGCAGACAAUGCUUCGGAAGUUGGCGUUGCCCCUGCUUCAGAAGCCUCUGAUGAUCCUCCUAUAAAACCCUAUUCAUUGCCGUCAAUACGAGAACUAUUUCGAGUUCUCGUAGAUUUACUGGAUCCCCAUGACCGUCAACAUGCCGAUGCCAUGAGAGUCAUGGCCCUCCGCAUCAUUGAUGUAGCGCUCGAGGUUGCUGGCCCCUCCAUUGCCAAGCACCCGACCUUGGCCACCUUGGCUGAAGAUCGUCUGUGUCGAUAUCUGUUUCAACUCGUCCGAUCAGAUAACAUGGCAAUUUUACACGAGUCACUUAUUGUCGCCGGCACCUUAUUGGCUACCUGCCGUGGAGUGCUGAAGUUACAGCAAGAGUUGUUCUUGUCAUAUUUGGUGGCUUGUUUACAUCCUCGGGUGGAGAUCCCAAGAGAACCGGGGAUAGAUCCUUCUCUUUAUUCGGGUGUGCCUCAAGCACCAAAGCUUGUGAAACCGUCAAACAGUGGGAUAGCAACUCCUGUUCCUGUGAAGGAUCGACAAAAAUUGGGAAUGGAAGGUGGAUCACGGAAACCUGAUGCCAGGGAAGCCAUGGUGGAGAGCGUUGGUGCUCUUGCGCGGAUACCAAGCUUCAUGGUGGAGUUGUUCGUCAACUACGACUGCGAGGUUGACCGAAGCGACUUAUGUGAGGACAUGGUGGGACUGUUGUCCCGAAAUGCAAUCCCAGAUUCGGCCACUUGGAGCACGACGAGCGUGCCACCAUUGUGUCUCGACGCUCUUCUGGGUUAUAUCCAGUUCAUUGCUGAACGGCUCGACGAGGAACCCAAGUAUGAUGGAUAUCCAGACCAGGACAGACUCCGUGAACAACGGAGGAAAAAGAGAUUAAUCAUUAUCGGCGCGUCAAAGUUCAACGAAAGCCCCAAAGCUGGGCUUGCUUAUCUCCACGCUCAAGGAAUCAUUAAAGAUGUCGACGAUUCCAAAUCAGUCGCGGCUUUCUUAAGAGGAACGACGCGAAUCUCGAAGAAGGUUCUCGGUGACUUCAUUUCAAAGAAAGGCAACGAUGCUGUCCUCGAGGCCUUCGUAGGCGAAUUCAACUUCGAUGGCAAGCGGAUAGACGAAGCGAUGCGGGAACUCUUGGAAUCAUUUCGCUUACCCGGAGAGUCACCUCUGAUCGAGAGAAUCAUGACCGUGUUUUCUGAACAGUAUUGCGCAAGCGAUAUUCCAGAAGGCGUUGCGGACAAAGACGCUGCUUUUGUCUUGACGUACGCCAUCCUCAUGUUGAACACGGAUCAGUAUAACCCGAAUCUCAAGUCAUCGGCCCGCAUGGGCUACACAGACUUCGCGAAAAAUCUUCGUGGAGUAAACAACAAGGCAGACUUUGCCCCGGAAUAUCUGCAAGCCAUUUUCGACUCUAUCAAGGCGAAUGAGAUUAUUCUUCCAGAUGAGCACGACAACAAGCAUGCUUUUGAUUAUGCUUGGAAGGAGCUUCUAUUGAAGACCGAGUCGGCUGGUAGCCUUGUGCUGUGCGAUACGAAUAUCUAUGAUGCGGAUAUGUUCGCAGCCACUUGGAAACCCGUCGUUGCGACUCUAUCUUAUGUCUUCAUGUCCGCUAGUGACGAUGCUGUCUUCUCAAGGGUCAUUACAGGCUUUGAUCAAUGUGCACGUAUUGCUGCGAAGUAUGGUUUGAAUGAGGCUGUUGAUCAGGUUGUGUAUUGCCUGAGUACCAUCACCACCUUGUCGACUGAAACGCCAUCAAAUACUGCUUUGAACACCGAGAUCCAGGUCGAGAAGAACAGUGUGAUGGUCAGUGAGCUUGCAGUUAAAUUCGGCAGAGACUUCAAGGCACAAUUGGCCACAGUCGUAUUAUUCCGUGUCGUUACUGGUAGUGAAACUGUCAUCAGCGACAGCUGGCAACAUAUUGUCCGCAUUUGGCUGAACCUCUUCGUCAACUCCCUGAUUCCUCCCUUCUUUGCGCCAAAUCGGAUGGAGAUUCCUGCAAUACCCUUGCAGAACCCUUCGCAGGUCAUCGAUCGAGGACAAAAGCCUAGCGAGGCUGGUUUAUUCUCAGCAUUCACAUCAUACAUUUCUAGUUAUGCUGCUGGUGACCCACCAGAACCUUCGGACGAGGAGCUAGAGAGUACUUUGUGCACAGUAGAUUGUGUCAAUGCUUGUUAUAUGGGGGACGUCUUCGCCAACGUCGUCAACAUGCCCGCCAAGUCUUUGGUCCCUCUCGUCUCAGCUUUGCUCGCCGAGCUACCUGACGAUCCAUCGUCAGUAAUCAUAAGUGUCAAAUCGGAGAAUGACAAUCAAAGCCCAGCAAAUGGACAGAAACCGACAUCCAGCGGGCCAGUCUACGAUCCAGCGAUGGUUUACCUCCUGGAAUUAUGUACUGUGCUUGCCCUUCGAGAUGAAGAAACGGUUGAAAGGCUUGGUGCCGCUGUAGCGGGGGCUUUACAGAAUGUUAUGCGUAACGCUGCGAGCUACCAUAGCAUUCUGAUCUCUAGAACAAUGUUCUACUUGCUUCACUUGUUGCACGCUAGCUAUCAACACGACUUCAUCCGCGUCCCAGUAGUACUCCACACGAUAUCAUCCUUCAAGAAGGACCUCUUCGACAAAUCUGCACCUCUGGUACUCCAGGGAUUAACGCAGUGCAUCAAAGAGCCCGGCCCUCUCAGAAACGAGAUCAUGACCUCGCCUGACUUCUGGGUUAUCCUCCGGAGUCUCACACGAAAUGUGAAGUCCGCACCAACUGUCUUCGAGAUUCUCGAAGGGAUAGCAGUUGGUUCGCCACCAACGAUUAUGGCAGAUAACUAUGAGUCUGCUGUGAAGCUACUGAAUGACUUCGCGUCUGCUGGGAGUGUUGGAUCGACAAUUGAGCAGAAGCAGGAUAGAAAAGCGAAGAGGGGUCAACAAGCUCAAAAGCAGACGAAGCCACAUCCACAGGUCGAUGCCGCAGUUGCAAGGGGCGUGAAAGCCAUCACGAUGAUCUACUCCUUAACCACCCACAUUCCAGUACUAAUACAGCAAUCCCACCUCGAGAGCAAAGAAGCCUGGGCAGCAUAUUGGUCUCCCAUCUUCCGCGCCCUCACAACGCAAUGCACGAACCCGUGUCGCGAAAUCCGCCAUCAAUCUUUCACCUCCCUCCAACGCGCUCUCUUCUCCCCCGAACUCACAUCAGGCGAACACGAAGAGUGGACCGCCAUAUUUGGCGAAGUCCUCCUCCCGCUCAUCGUCCGCCUUCUAAAACCAGAAGUCUACUCCUCCGACCCAGUAGGUAUGAGCGAGACGAGAGUGCAGGCCGCGACUCUGCUCUGCAAAACGUUUUUGCAUUACCUAGAGUUGCUUUCGGAGUGGGAUGGCAUGUUGGAUCUCUGGCUGAAGAUCCUGGAUAUCAUGGAUAGACUGAUGAAUAGCGGGCAAGGCGAUAGCCUAGAGGAGGCCGUCCCCGAGUCCCUAAAGAACAUGAUGCUUGUAAUGGCUAAAGGCGGCUACCUGGUCCCCCCCUCCGAAGACCCAUCGAAAGAGAAACUCUGGGUCGAAACCUGGAAGAGAUUAGAUCGCUUCCUUCCUGAUUUGCGGAAAGAACUUCCGCAGCUUGCUGAACCUGAAGGAUCGAAGGAGAAAGAAGAGGUGAAGAGCCCGGUUGUUGAGCAGGCGGCUGGUAAGGAGGAGAGUGCUGCCAAGGCGUAGAGAUGAUGGACCGGGUUGUGUAAUAGAUUUUGUACAGAUAGAAGGAGGGAGGAGGAGAGAAGUUUCUUUGGUUUUGGAUGAAAUGGGGAAGAAUAAAGCUGGCACGGAAUGUCCUCGUUAGCGAUUUUCAUGGCAUAGAUAGCGGAUGGUGGUAAAGUCAUGUUGUAUAAACGCUUUGAAUUCCUAU